UUUUACCCUAAAAUAAAUUUAUCAAAACGGCAGCUUUUUGUACUACCAUUGCCAACAGAGGAGCUAGCAACAAGCUGGGCAGAGUUGCAGCAGAGCUUAUGGCUAAAAUGGGGUUCUCUCCUCAGUCCACCCAUUUCCGCCCUUCCUCCUUCCGCCCGCCCUACUUCUGGUUCUGCCGCUCCUCCACUCAGUUUUCCCCAUUUUCGACUAGCGGAAGAACCUUCUGCAGGCUAGAAGAUAGAGCCCCGCAGAGUGCAAACGUCGCAAAUGGAGCUAUCAAUUCCGACUUACUUGCGUUGAACCAACGAUCGAGAUACAGCACCUUUCAGAAUAACGAAAGGGAAUUGCACAACCGACAGAGAAAUAAUUUUGCAUUUCCUCAGUUGGAAAAGCCAUCUGUGCAUAGGGAGGCGGAAAGGAGGGAAGAUGCUAACGAAGCGUCUUUGUAUGGAAUAUUCGGUCCGGGGCAAACUGUUGAAGACUGGGGUAAAGCUACCGAAGAAUAUAAAAGAAACAAGAGACUAUUUACUCAUGGCAAUAGCACUUCCGCUAACCUUAGAACAGUUCAAGACGAAGCCAUUGCAGAAAAAGUCAACUCUAAUGGGAAAAAGAUAUAUGAAGGAGGAGAAGGUAGUGGAUUAAGCAGGAACGAGAGAGAAUUUGCUGGAAAUGGUGGACAAAAUGGAUAUAACGUUUUCCAUAGCCAAAUGCCACUAGUUAAAGAUAGAUCUAACAGAGUUCCAUACACAAACGGUGAUGAUAAAAUCGCGUUGGAAAAUGAGGGAGAUCGAGAUUCUAUAAAUGUCAAGGAUAAUGUAGUUGUCAAAAUAAAAACUGCUUCUAAAUCCGGUUCUGCUAAUAAAAAAACUGUUUCAUGCGACAAUAUUAGUGAACUUCCGAGCAAGAGAGUCGCUACUUCUGAAGUCACGGAACUUCACGAGAGGCUUAGUCAGAUCUAUGACAAGGUUCUUGUGGUCGAUGACGUCACUGAAGCUAGGCGAGUAGUGAGUUUGCUCACCACAAAGUACAAAAACCUCAUUCACGCAUGCGAUACAGAGGUAGCAAACAUUGAUGUUAAAGAAGAAACACCGGUGGACCAUGGAGAAAUUACGUGUUUUAGUAUAUAUUCUGGCUCGGAAGCUGAUUUUGGCGAAGGGAAAUCCUGUGUUUGGGUGGAUAUCCUCGAUGGAGGCGGCAAAGAUCUUCUUCAAGAGUUUGCUCCGUUUUUUGAAACCCCUCCAUUAAAAAAGGUGUGGCACAAUUAUAGCUUUGAUAAUCACGUGAUAGAGAAUUAUGGGCUCAAAUUAUCCGGUUUCCAUGCGGAUACAAUGCACAUGGCUCGAUUAUGGAAUUCCGCCAGGCGGACAGAGGGUGGGUACUCUCUAGAAGCACUAACAGGUGAUUCGAACGUCAUGUCAGAUGCUAAGAGAGGCCCCGGCGAAAAGGUGAUUGGAAAAGUAUCGAUGAAGAACAUAUUCGGCAAGAAAAAAAUCAAGAAAGACGGAAAGGAAGGGAAAUUAAUCACAAUCCCUCCCGUCGAAGAGCUGCAAAGGGUCGAGAAAAAAUUGUGGGUUUGCUACUCCGCUUUGGAUUCUAUAAGCACAUUGGGUCUUUACGAGAGUUUGGAGAAAAAGCUCUUGAAAACACCUUGGAGUGUUGAUGGAAAUUUCAAAGGGUCGAUGUUCGAUAAUUACCAGAGAUAUUUACGCCCGUUUGGUGAGCUUCUUGUGAAAUUGGAGACUGAGGGAAUGCUUGUUGACCGUUCGUACCUCGCUGGGAUCGAAAAGGUGGCUAAAGCAGAGCAGCAAAUUGCUGCCGAUAGAUUUCGUAAGUGGGCUUCGAAGUAUUGCCCCGAUGCGAAACACAUGAAUGUGGGGAGUGAUACACAGUUACGCCAGAUAUUUUUUGGUGGUAUACAGAACAGCAAGGACCCCAGUGAGUUUCUUCCAGUGGAAAAGGAUUUCAAAAUUCCAAACACGGAGAACAUAAUCGAAGAAGGCAAAAAGAACCCCACAAAAUAUCGUAAAAUCGUACUUCGUAAGCCUGAUGGUGUUCACAUUGAGGCCGAUAAGUUCACCGCCAGUGGUUGGCCUUCAGUUGGUGGAGAUGUUUUAAAAAGUCUUGCGGGAAAAGUGUCUGCCGAUUUUGAAUUCUUGGAUGAAGACAAUAAUGAUGAUGAAGAACUGUCUGAAAAUGCGAUUGAGAAAUCAUUGCAGGACAAUGGAGCACCAUCAUCGUCCACAAGUGUAGCCACCGACACGUCAGCUUAUGGAGCGGCUUAUGCCGCCUUUGGCGGUGGACAGGUGGGAGCUGAGGCUUGUCAUGCUAUUGCUGCUUUGUGUGAAGUUUGCUCGAUCGACUCUCUCAUAUCGAACUUCAUUAUGCCUUUACAGGGAAACCAUAUAUCAGGCAAGAACGGAAGAAUACAUUGUUCGUUGAAUAUCAAUACAGAAACUGGACGAUUAUCUGCUAGAAGACCUAAUUUACAGAACCAACCCGCAUUAGAGAAGGACCGUUACAAGAUUCGUCAGGCAUUUAUAGCUGCACCCGGCAACUCGUUGAUAGUUGCUGAUUACGGACAGUUAGAACUUAGAAUUCUUGCCCACCUGGCAAACUGUAAGAGCAUGUUGAACGCUUUUAUAGCUGGCGGAGAUUUCCACUCGAGAACUGCAAUGAAUAUGUAUCCGCACAUUCGCGAAGCUGUCGAUCGGAAAGAUGUGCUUCUUGAGUGGCAUCCUCGAUUCGACGGUGAUAAACCUCCCGCUCCUUUGCUUAAGGAUGCUUUUGCUUCUGAAAGAAGGAAAGCUAAGAUGCUUAACUUUUCGAUCGCAUACGGAAAAACUACAGUGGGACUCGCCCGAGACUGGAAGGUAUCUCGCGAGGAAGCUCAGCAAACAGUUAAUCUCUGGUACAGCGACAGACAAGAAGUGCUUUCUUGGCAGGAAGAACGUAAGAAAGAAGCUCGUAAAUAUGGCCGCGUUUACACUUUGUUAGGACGGGCCCGCCACUUCCCGUCUCUAAAGAACGCCAGCUCAGCACAUAGAAAUCACAUAGAACGUGCUGCCAUCAAUACCCCUGUGCAGGGAAGUGCUGCAGAUGUUGCUAUGUGCGCUAUGUUGCAAAUAUCAAGAAAUGCUCGUCUGAAGGAAUUAGGAUGGAGACUUUUAUUACAGGUUCACGAUGAAGUGAUUUUAGAAGGCCCAACAGAAUCGGGCGAAGAGGCGAAGGAUAUAGUAGUUGAUUGCAUGUCAAAGCCUUUCGAUGGAGAAAAUUUCCUUAGAGUCGGUUUGUCUGUUGAUGCCAAAUGUGCUCAAAAUUGGUAUUCUGCCAAGUAAAUAAUAUCUUUUUUUUUUCUUUUUUUUUUCCGAGUCGAUUUUAGUACAUCUUUUUCCGAUUUUUGGGGUGGUUUGAAAAUUUUGUAAUCUUUGUUUGUGGAGAGAUUGUAAGAUCUUUUUGCUGUGUAUAAUUAAGUAGUUGAUGCUCUUGUUGUGCUAUUUCUGAAAUAGCAGCAGAAAUUUAAUACCUCCUAUUUAUUUUGUUUAGAAAUUA